AUGAACCAGCAAAGAACAAGAAGAUUUAGAAAUUCCAAAGACCACGAGACACUUCGGAAAGAAGAAGAUAGAUUGAGAAGACAAUACGAAAUUGAAGGUAGAGAUGUUCUUCCGCACCAGGAAUCAGAAAUGUCAGAUUCGAGCAUAAUCACUCCUGGCACAACGUUCAUGUUCGAGUUAUCAAAGCAACUCCAGACUUACAUUAAUCUGCGCAUAUCAAAAAAUGAUGCUUGGAAACACUUGAAGGUAAUUCUUUCUGAUGCGAAUGCCCCUGGUGAAGGAGAACACAAGAUAAUGUCAUUCAUACGGCUUCAACGUACUUGCCCUGGUUAUAAUCCGAAUACACGCCAUGUCUUGUAUGGUCAGGAUACAGACCUUAUUAUGCUCGCUCUGGCUACACACGAAGUCCAUUUCUCCAUUUUGCGAGAGAAUGUUUUUGCAGAAGAUAACUCAAGAACAAGUCACUCCUCUGUGUCGUUGCCAGCUGGAAAGCCAAAGUCGUUGGUGAAGAAGCCUCACCAGUUUGUUCAUGUUUGGAUACUGAGAGAAUAUCUUAACCUUGAUUUGAGAACCAAAAAUGUUCCUGAAAAUUUUGAAUAUGAUAUUGAACGACUAAUUGAUGAUUUCAUAUUCUUAUGUUUUUUCGGUGGAAAUGAUUUUCUUCCGCCUAUGCCAACCUUGGAAAUUCCUGAGGGUGCUAUUGAUCUAUUGAUUUAUGUGUACAAGCACGAGUUUAAGAACCUUGGAGGGUAUCUUGUGAAUACGGAAAAGGUUGGUGAUGAGAAAGGAGGGUAUAUCAAGCUAAAAAGGGUCGAAAAGUUCAUCCUUGCAGUUGGCGCAUAUGAAGAUCAGAUUUUCGAGAAAAGAUCAGCAAUAUUCCACAAGAGCAAACUUCGAUACAUGUUGUCAGAAGUCAAGGAUAAGAGUGGUGAUCAGAAGGGCUCGUCUGUUGGUUCUGAUGCUCGGUCACCAUACACUGAAAAAUCAACCGAUCAUGAUGUGCAAAUAGCCCAGAAUACAAAAGCAUUGAAGGAGCAACUAAAAUCUUACAUACGUGAGAUAUCGGAUAAUUUCAGAAACGAUCUUCUUUCAGACAUGGUGAAACUGGGUACUCCUGGAUGGAGAAAACGCUAUUACAAAUACAAGUUUUCUGCUGAAACGGGAGCAGAUAUGGAAAAUACGAGGAAAGAAGUUGUCGAAAAAUACACCCAAGGGUUGUGUUGGGUUCUUCUAUAUUACUUCUCGGGUGUUGCAUCAUGGACAUGGUUUUACCCAUUCCAUUAUGCGCCAUUUGCAUCAGAUUUUAAAGGUCUUUCAAGUACUAAAGUUACGUUUCAAAGAGGAUCCCCUUUUAAACCAUUCGAUCAGCUUAUGUCUGUUCUCCCCUCUUCUAGUGCCCAUGCACUUCCCCCUUCAUAUCGGUCACUCAUGACAACUGAUGAUUCGAGUAUUCUUGAUUUCUAUCCUAAUGAUUUUGAUGUUGACACGGAUGGGAAAAGAUUUCUUUGGCAGGGUAUCUGCAAGCUUCCUUUUAUUGAUAAGGAGCACCUUCUUGCUUCAACAAAAAUGAUCGAGAAGGAACUGACUGAGGAGGAAGCUAAAAGAAAUGCUGAGAAUGCCAACAAGUUGUUCCUACACAUUUCUGAAAAUCUUGUCUUGCGGAUUAUCACUUCCUUCAACAAUGAAGGCUCCAUCGAGCAAAAGACAGGCUUAAGUGGAGACAUAAAUGGUUUUAUCCAUCCUAACCUAGAGCCCGAGUAUGUUCGUGAUUCUAAAGGCCUUGGAAACGAUCUUGAUGUUCUAUGUGUAUACUAUGAUCCACCAUGCUUCUCUCUUCAUAUCCCUCGUGUCCUUGAAGGCACAGCCAUUCCAGAACCGACUGUGAGAGAAUCGGGUAUCGAGGAAGGAUGCUUGUGGCAUGAGAGCCAUGGUUACCCUGUACGAAGCAAUAGAUCACAUACACGGGUUCAAGAAGCUAAAAUAAACCCUAACCGAAGCAAUAGGUUUGUUGAUGCCACGAGGACACCAAAAGAACAAACAAGCUGCGCUUCUUGGUGGAAUACUUAUGGGAGAGGUUCUCGGACAAACAAUGUGUAUGGUCAGUCUUGGUCAGUUAGGUCAGACUCCAGUUCAAACAGAAACCAUGCAAGGGGAGGGUGGGGCGAUGCACAAUCCAGGAAUGCUUCUAGUAGAUGGUAG